UCUCGAUCCUCUGGAUAUUUGAACAUAACCUUAAAAAUCUUGUUUUAUAUAUAGAAAAGGUAGAAAAGUGAGAAAAAGUUCGUAAACAAAACGUCAAACAGCUGGAAACUGUAGUUAUCUUUUUAAAAAAAACAAUUAAUAGAAAAUAUUAAAUAUGGAGGAACAAAAUCUACCGAUUGAUAUUAAUUCAAGUAAACUAUUGGAAUGGUUAUUAAAUCGUCGACAUUGCAAAAAAGACUGGCAAACUCACAUUUUGUCAAUUAGGGAAAAAAUUAACAAUGCCAUUCAGGAUAUGCCGAUUCAUGAGGAAAUUGCCAAACUCCUUUCUGGAACACACAUAAAUUAUUUUCAUUGCAAGAAGAUUGUUGAGAUUCUUAAAGAGACUGAAGCCGAUACGAAAAAUUUAUUUGGUCGUUAUGGAUCGCAAAGAAUGAAAGAUUGGCAGGAAAUUGUCAAACUUUAUGAGAAGGAUAAUCUCUAUCUUGCCGAAGCUGCACAAAUGUUAAUAAGAAACAUUAAUUACGAGGUUCCAGGCUUUAAGAAGCAAAUUCAAAAAUUGGAACAAAUACAAAACGAUUUAGAGAAAAAGGAAAUCGAAUACAAGAAAUCGGAAAAUAUUGCCCAUUCGGAAUUUAACACCUCUUGUAAACAAUUGGGAAUAAAUGGUAAUUGUAUAAAAAAGGAAUUAGUUGAAAGACUAACGGAACUUCCGGAAAUCUAUAAACGCGUAGCGAAGAAAACAAAAUCUCUAGGAAAUGUUGUUGAAUUUUAUAAUGCUUUUGUGGAAUUUACACUUGGAAGGAAACACAGCGGUGGUUGUAUUUCACUUGUGCAAUAUGUUGUUGAAAAAGGAAAUACUACAACGUAUGAAUGGAUUUAUGGAGAACCGCCAUUGUCUGUUAUUGAAACUCCAUUGGAUAUUAGUCUCGAUGAUGAAAGUCAAUUCGAUGACAAUAUAGAUUUUGGUGAUAAUGAGAAGGAGGAGGGAAAUAUCAGUGGUUUGGAUUUGAAUGGAGCAAUUGAUUUUGGCGAUGUUAAUUUAGCGGCCGAGGGUGAUAUUGAUUGGGGCGAUGUCAAUGUAGAGCAAAUUGGAGAAGGUGAAAUUGAUUAUAAUAUUUCGCUCGAAUCGGGAAUUGUUGUCGAGGCAGACGGUCACGACGGUGGAGUUGCUACUGGAAAGGAAGCUCUCACAGUCUUGGACAAUCCCUCAACGAGAAAUGAAUUUAUCGAUCAACUUUUUGAGUUGGAGGCAUUCCUGAAAUUGAGACUCUACGAAUUUAAAAGUGACAAUAAUAAAAAUUUGUUAACCAUGAGUCAAAUGCAAGAAGCCUCGUCAAUUCUUCAAUUGGCAACCUUGGACAGUACACAAAACAUGCUGGACAAUUUACAAAUUAUUUUAACGGAAAUGUUGGACUCGAGAAUUCAACAUCUUUACAAUAUUAAACAUUCACCUCGAUAUGUGGAUACAUUGACAGCGACUUUAAAGCAGAAAUUGACUAUGGUUGAAAAAAUGAAGAGUUUACAAACAACGAUGCAAAAGAAGAAGGAUGAGACUCGACAGCAAAUUGUCGAUAUUCAACCAAUGUUAAAAUUAGUAGUUCAAAGGACUAAGGAACUUCAAAAUAAGAUUGAGGAGGACAUAUCGAAAAAGUAUAAAAACAGAAGUGUUUACUUAACGGGAGGCGUGAAUACUUUGUGAAUUUCUUUUUAAUCUUAAAGGUUAAGGGUUUGUUGCAUAUUUGAAAAUAUUUUUAAUUUUGCAUUUUAAUUUGUUUAUACAACAAAAAAUACACUGUUUUAUUAUAAA